AUCCUGAGAAGUACACUCGACAUCGUAUGAAUUGAAUACCAACUUCUCACUUUAAGGUGGUUCCUAAGCUUACACGCACGUGAUCGAAUAUUUAUGGCACAUUUCUAAUCCUGCACUUAAAGUAUGACUUAUCAGUAAGUAAUGCCGUACCCCAUGGUUUGGUUCGCGCACCUCGCUGAGUCAUAAGAUUAUCUCUAUUUUCUCAUUGGCGCUGGUGGAUGGAUGUUCGAAAUUUUUCAAGUUGGAUCGAAUUUAAACUCGUGCAUUAAGAAGCUAAGACUUUUCCCUUACAGUGACAACCUUAUUUAUUAUACAUAAUGCUUGCUGCUAGAUCCAUUCGUCAACGAUCUGUGAGAACGUUGGCCACUCUGGCCGGCCUUGAAGUUCCAGCUGAUUUCCAAUCUAGAACUCCACCAUAUUCAAAGCUUAUCAACAAGCUUGCAACUGUCAAGAAACUUGUCGGUGAUAAACCAUUGACCCUUGCCGAAAAGAUAUUGUACUCGCAUUUGGUAAAUCCUGAAGAAACAUUUAGCUCUAGUCAAGGUCAACUCUCCAACAUCAGAGGUCAACAAUACCUUAAACUUAACCCAGAUAGAGUUGCCAUGCAGGAUGCUUCUGCUCAAAUGGCUCUUUUGCAAUUCAUGACUUGUGGUAUGAGUAGUACUGCUGUUCCUGCUUCUAUCCAUUGUGACCACUUGAUCGUUGGUAAGGAUGGUGCUGAAGAAGAUUUAGUCAAAUCCGUUACGACUAACAAGGAAGUUUUCGACUUUCUUGAAAGUUGUGGUGCUAAAUAUGGUAUUCAAUUUUGGGGUCCAGGUUCCGGUAUCAUUCAUCAAAUCGUUUUGGAAAACUUCUCCGUUCCAGGUUUGAUGAUGUUGGGUACUGAUUCCCAUACUCCAAAUGCUGGUGGUUUGGGUGCUAUCGCUAUCGGUGUUGGUGGUGCUGAUGCCGUUGAUGCAUUGACAGGUACCCCUUGGGAAUUGAAGGCUCCAAAGGUUUUGGGUGUUAAGUUGACUGGUGAAUUGUCUGGCUGGAGUACUCCAAAGGAUGUUAUCACCAAAUUGGCUGGUAUCUUGACUGUUCGCGGUGGUACUGGUUACAUUGUUGAAUACUUCGGUGAAGGUGUCAAGUCCUUAUCUUGUACUGGUAUGGCAACCAUUUGUAAUAUGGGUGCUGAAAUCGGUGCCACUACAUCCACUUUCCCAUACCAAGAUGCUCACAGAAGAUACCUUAUUCAAACUGGUAGAGAACCUAUUUCUCAAGCUGCUGACGUAGCCAACCGUGAAUAUCAAUUUUUGCAAGCUGAUCAAGGUGCUGAAUAUGAUCACAUUGUUGAAAUCAAUUUGUCUGAAUUAGAACCACAUGUUAAUGGUCCAUUCACUCCAGAUUUAUCUACUCCAAUCUCUAAGUUUGGUGAAGUAUCUGCCCGUGAAGGUUGGCCAUCUGUUGUUAGUGCUGGUCUUAUUGGUUCUUGUACCAACUCUUCCUACCAAGACAUGUCCCGUGCUGUCUCUAUCAUCAAGCAAGCUGAAGAAGUUGGACUUAAGCCAAAGAUUCCAUUCUUUGUCACUCCAGGUUCCGAACAAAUCAGAGCCACUAUCGAAAGAGAUGGUUUAAUUGAAACUUUCGAAAAGAACGGUGCUGUAGUUUUGGCUAAUGCAUGUGGUCCAUGUAUCGGGCAAUGGGACAGAACUGAUACUCCUACUACCGAAUAUAACUCAAUCUUCACUUCUUUCAACAGAAACUUCCGUGCUAGAAACGAUGGUAACAGAAACACUAUGAACUUCUUAACCUCUCCAGAUAUGGUUACCGCUAUGAUUUACUCAGGUGACUCUAACUACAACCCAGUUACUGACUCUAUCAAGUUGGCUAACGGUGAGGACUUCAAAUUUAAGGCUCCAGAAGGUGAUGAACUUCCAGAAAGUGGCUUCAUCAAGGGUCGUGAAGAAUUCUAUCCUGAACAGAACCCUCAACCAAAGGAAGACGUUUCUGUCAAUGUUUCUCCUGAAUCCGAUAGAUUACAACUCUUAGAACCAUUCCAAGCUUGGUCUGGUGAAGAAUUGUCCACCACUGUCCUUCUCAAGGUUGAAGGUAAGUGUACCACCGACCAUAUUUCCGCUGCUGGUGCUUGGCUUAAGUACAAGGGUCAUUUAGAAAACAUUUCCAACAACACUUUGAUUGGUGCUGUAAACAAAGAAACUGGUGAAGUUAACAAAGCAUAUGACUUAAAUGGUGACCAAUACGGUAUUCCAGAACUUAUGAUUAAGUGGAAGAAUGAUGGCCGCCCUUGGGUUGUUGUUGCUGAACACAACUAUGGUGAAGGUUCUGCUAGAGAACAUGCUGCUUUGUCCCCUAGAUUCCUUGGUGGUUCUGUCAUUUUGGUUAAGUCUUUUGCUAGAAUUCAUGAAACUAACUUGAAGAAGCAAGGUAUGUUGCCAUUGACAUUUGCUAAUGAAGCUGAUUAUGAUAAGAUCUCAUCUGGUGAUGUAUUGACUACUGUUGACUUGGUCGAUAUGGUUGCUAAGGAUGGUAACAACGGUGGUAACUUGACUGUCAAGGUAACAAAAAAGGAUGGUUCCGAAUUUGACAUCCAAUGUAAGCAUACCAUGUCUAAGGAUCAAAUUGAUUUCUUCAGAGCUGGUUCUGCCAUUAACCACAUUGGUAACCAAAAGAAGGGUCUUUAAGAGACUAUACUUCGUGUAUUAUAGACAUAAUUUUAAUAUAUAUUAAAAAGACUUUUAAAAUAUACAGUAAUGAAUUGACGGGAGUAUGCGGGGGCUACUACUUGCUUUGGUUAUUGUGAUCAAGUUGCAGUUCUCGCCUACUAAAUAUCUACUCUGCGUAUUAUUACAGUUACUGUAUAAUUAUAUUCAAUACCGAUCUACGUCGAUUUAUAUAGAGAAAUAAAUUUUUUUGAAGGGAAACUUGCGCCUUUGUCUCGAACAAGGUUAUUCUAU